AUGCCAUUGUCGAACGGACGCUUUAGACGUACUCGUAAAUUGUUCCGCAGACCUUACAGAUGCCACGGCCUUCAGAACACUACGACUUUCCUCCACAAUUACAAAAUUGGCGAUUACGUCACUGUGAUGUGUAACUCCGCCGUUCAGCAUGGCCUUCCUUUCAAAAGCUUCCACGGCAAGACUGGAAGAGUUUGGAACAUUAACCCACACGCAAUCGGUGUCAUGAUCAACAAGAAGGUGAACAACAAAAUUCUUUUGAAGAGAUUCCACGUCAGACCAGAGCACUUGAUGCCAUCAAACUGCCAGAAAGACUUCCUCGCCAGAGUUAAAGAGUCCGAAAAAAUUAAGCUCCAAAACGUUCAAUUGAAGAAGGAAGGAAAGCAAACACUCGCACUCCCAAAAAGAAUGCCAGUCUUCCCAAGAGGAGCUGAAGUCCUUAAGAAAGAUUCUAUUAAGUUCACCACUAUCAACCCAAUCAAAUUCGAAGAACUUUAUUAA